GGAAGAAGCAAAAUUCAGAUGUGAUCGGAGAUUUUAGGGCUUAAAGGGUUCUUAGUGAGCUAGGUCCCGGGUCGGGUUACAGGUUAGUUUACGGGUCGGGUAAGUAAAUAACUGAAAAAGCCAAAAUUAUUUGAUAAGAAGACCGGUGUCGAAUUUAGGGCUGGAAGACAAUUCUCGAUCACUUCUUUUCGCAAAUUCUCUUGAGUGUGACAAAAUCGGAAACUGCGAGCUCUGAAUUCGUAACCCUUGAUUUUCAGCUGAGGAAUCAGUUACGAAAUGGGAAGCAGAGGUAAUCGUGUGGGAGAAAGAUGGAAUGAGAUGGAUUGUGAUGAGAAAUCGAGUGUGAUUCAGGAAGAGAUCAAAAGGGUUUGUAAACUUCCAUCAAACAGUGUUUAUGCAGUUCAUCGUCUCAAGGUUCUCAACAAAAUCAACGACCUUUUAUCUGUCCAAAGAACAUUGUCUCAAGAGAAGGAGUUGGAAUUGCUAUUCACACAGCUCUCCUUGUAAAAUCCAGAUUUUGAUGUAUAAGGAACUAAUGUAAUAUAACUUUUUACUCGAGAUUGCUUGUUGAUUAAUGACAUGGCAACAAGCUAGUUUCUUAAGAAGUUGGUGUUUAUUGGUUUUAAUUGUAUGUUUUAGUUUUCCCUUUGUAUUGAUCAAUUGGAUGAGGAUGCAAUGAAACGGUUUGAGUUUGAAGUUGAGAAUAAUAUACCACAGUUUGUGGGAUGAGUUUCCUUUAGGCCGUAACAUAUUUCCCGAUAGUGACACUCGGAUGAUGAAAACCCACAAGUCGCUCAAAUUGGAAGUAAAUGGCACAUUCAGAGAAGAAGUGAGACGCCCAUUAAUCGUUAGGAAUGGAGUUGUAUAUUGGUCUUGCAUUCAAAGAAGCUAUGUUUUGAAGUGCGAGAGAUGGGAGCAAUCCAA